GCGGGAGCGCGGGUGUUCCGUGCGCGCCGCCGCCAUGCGGGAACGGAGGCCGGUACCGGCCGCUCCGGCCCGGUGCAAGCUGGUGCUGGUGGGCGACGUGCAGUGCGGCAAGACGGCCAUGCUGCAAGUGCUGGCCAAGGAUUGCUACCCCGAGACGUACGUGCCCACCGUGUUUGAGAACUACACGGCGUGUCUGGCCAACGAGGAGCAGCGGGUGGAACUGAGCCUCUGGGACACCUCCGGUACCGGGGGGGGGGCCGCCUUCACCUCGGAAAAAAGCGUCCACAGCAUCUUCCGGACCGUGUCCGGCAUCUGCCUCAGCAAAGCCCCCUCGCAGCCCCCUCGUAGCCCACCCCGGAGCCUCUCCAAGAGACUUCUGCACCUCCCCAGCCGCUCCGAGCUCAUCUCYUCCACUUUCAAGAAGGAAAAAGCAAAAAGCUGCUCCAUCAUGUGAAGGGGGGCACGGGAAUGACCCCGCACACACUCACACACACACACACACCUUUGGGUCUGCUCUACCCCCACCCCAGCCCCCCGAGUCCCUGGAAUGGGGUGGUGGGGCUGGACAGGGCCCCCACCCCGAGGAGGAUGAGGGGCUGCUGCCCUCCUGUGAAAAAAGGGGGGACCUGGGGGAGAUUUGGGGUGUGCAGGACCCUGGGGACAUCGAUCUGGGGAGGUCCCUGUGGGGUUUGGGGUGCCCAGACCCUCAAGGAUAUCGACCCAGGGGGGUCCCUGUGGGGUUUGGGGUGCCCAGACCCUCAAGGAUAUCGACCCGGGGGAGUCCCUGUGGGGUUUGGGGUGUGCAGGACCCUGGGGACAUCAACCUGAGGGGGUCCUUGUGGGGUUUGGGGUGCCCAGGCCCUCAGGGAUAUCAGCCUGGGGGGGUCCUUGUGGGGUUUGGGGU